AUGAAACCUGAAGUUGCAAAAAAAAAUAAUAAUAAUUCUAUAAAAGGACAUUUGUAUUAUGCUGGUGGAUUUCGACUAGUUCCUGUUUGUUAUGAUAAUUAUGAUGAACACUGCCUACUCGGGUUUGGAGUGACGGGGAGACGUCAUGGCGAUAGAGAAUCUGCAGAGGAAUCGGUGCUAAAUUGCAUACGCAUUCAUGGAGAUUCGAUGAGUUAUGUAGGUCAAUUGGAAUCAGUUGAGCUAGAUCGACGAUUAGAAGUCGAUAACUUGUCAACUAGGGUUGGGAACUUUAGGAUAGCUUCUGUGGUGAUUACAGUUCUGACUGUCAGCGCAGGUGGUCCAUUCAUUAGUCUGAGGGCGUCGAAGAGGGUUGUAGCGGCUUGGAUAGCGGCGCUAUGGUGA